AUGGCUGAUAACAUGCAGAUGUCAAACGCCCGCACAUGCUAUAAUUGCGGUCAGCCUGGCCACAUGAGCCGUGAGUGCCCCAAUGCGCGCUCUGGCGGAAACAUGGGCGGUGGCCGCUCAUGCUACAACUGCGGUCAACCUGACCACAUCAGCCGUGACUGCCCCAAUGCACGCACCGGCGGAAAUAUGGGCGGUGGACGCUCAUGCUACAACUGCGGUCGCCCCGGUCACAUCAGCCGCGACUGCCCCAAUGCGCGCUCUGGUGGAAAUAUGGGUGGUGGCCGUGCGUGCUACCACUGUCAACAGGAGGGUCAUAUUGCCCGUGAGUGCCCGAAUGCCCCUGCUGACGCUGCUGCUGGCGGCCGCGCGUGCUUCAACUGUGGCCAACCCGGUCACCUCAGCCGUGCCUGCCCUGUGAAAUAA